UAUGCGUUUCUUUUUUGGGAGAGUAUAUGUUACCACUAUAUAAAUGGCAUUGUGUUAUGAUAUAUAAUUCAUAUCUCAAACAGCCGCUCCUUAAAGAUAGUCACAGGAUCACUUUGUCAGUGAUUGGUUGGUGCACUCAGCCAAUUAAUAUGUUUACAACGCAACCGAGCGUGUAGGCAAUACUGGUGUCAUACCACCAAUUAACACAUUGAGCUGUUAAUAUUCUCCCGUUCACUAACUACAGAGAACUAUUCUAGAAACUUGCAACAUGAGGAUGGUUGUGUGGGAAUUUGUUCAGGUAGCUCUUGCCAUCACCAUGACUUACAGCUCAGGUUUACAGUCAUGUCACAUUUUGACAUUUAACCAUCAUAGAAGUUUGGACGGACAAAUGUUCAAUGACACCUUCAUCACUGAACGCAGUGUUUCUGACAAACCUGCAUGCUUGUGGUGGUGUUUCCAUGAUCUGCAGUGCAACAUGGUACUGCACAAUCCAGCGUCUCAACGUUGCCGGUUGUACUAUUCAUCCGUCAUCACUGGGGGUGAACAAGAGGCAGGCUGGCAGUAUUAUACAGUUGCCUGCAGCGACUUCCGGAUCCUGAAUGCCCUCUCGGUGAUGAGGAACCAGACCCACGAGGAUGUCAGCUGCUCCAACGGAUUCACCUAUCUACCGACCACAUCAGGCAAAUGUUUCCAUGACAACGUACCAUUUGACAUAGGACGGUGCAUGCAGACCCUCUGGAUUGACCCGGUGCCAGCAUUCAGGACGUCUCUUCCUGCUCCCCUGUCUAGUGGUGCGGAGAUUGUCGUGGAGGCAGCCGCAGAUGGAGUCAACAGCCCUGUAAUGUUUCUGUUGGCCAAGGAUGACGAUAAGGCUGUGUUUUAUCUGACUGUUCGGUGGUCGCCCUAUACCAUCAUCUACAAUACUGCAGGGGCGUCCUUCACAUGGGGAGCUGAAGUGAGGUUUUUCAACCCCGUGCUCACACCAAAAGUGACGUCAGUCCUCUCAAUCAAGAUGACUGAGACUCAGUUUCUGAUAUCCGACGAUGACGACAGUCUGUUCGAUGUUCCCAGAAGGUUACCUCUGCAAGAGGCCGUCUCCCUUUACAUUGACUUCACAGUCAUCAAACGAGUGCAGAUAAACUAUAAAUAAG